AGGCAGAGGAGAUAAAAGACCGCGAGAAAGUUUUACUCGUCUCAACAACAUAAACACAUGAGAAAGGCGAAGUGCACGAAAAAAAACAGACGCCAACUGGAUGGUCUGGUACAAGCUAAAACAAGAUAAUGGUCAUUGAUAACUCCGGACUUUCAUCGGGUCAUUCCCCUAAACGUCAUAAAUGCUCGUGAUGAGGUUCUAGCCACACUCUCCUCUCUUAUCAUCUGUUCCCACUUUCAAGAGGGAACUACUCCGCCGUACCUCGUUGACAAACAAAAUCUAUGGAUUGUAAACAGUUUUGCUCCAGCGGACGAUUUCGUGAAGUAUUUGCAAAGAGCUGCUGAGGGCCUGAGGCCUUAUGUACAGUAGGGUGUGGAAACUUUGGUUGAGGUAUGCUACAUGCUUAAGAGGCCGACUGCAAUGACCCACUGAACUGCCCCCUCCACCACAACAUGGAAGCUGCAGCUCAUACCAUUGAGCUAGAAAGAGAGAUGGUUGGCAACCCAGAACACAUUCAGCAGUUCGAGGAUCCUUCUGCUUUUCCUGCUGUGAUUGUGGAGCAGGUGCCACAUUCCCAUCUGCUCGGCUACUCUGGAUUGGUGUGUGACCAACAGCUGACCCACGCUCACCUGGGAACGUUCGACCAUGACACAGUGGAAGAUGUUCCCCUGACAGUGGAGGCCUUUCAGAGCGGGGAGGAAGACACCAUGGAGACUAUAGAAGCUGCUGAAGCUUUGCUCAACAUGGAUUCCCCAUCCUCACUCAACCUCACCUUGGAUGAGAAACACCUCUCGCAAUUUUUCCUAAGCGAUGUCUUCACCACUCCAGUUAACCAGGUGUCCUUCCUGUCAGACGGUCUCCAGGGACAACCACAGUGGCUUCAGCUUCCGAGGGACGUUGAGGUUGAAACAGUCUCUCAGCAACCAAAGACCAAAAAAGGAAGAAAACCAAGACGUCAAAGAACGCGUUCCCCUAUUCCAGACAUCAACAUAAAGAAAAGCAAAGAUGGCCGAGGAAAUACAUUGUACCUCUGGGAAUUCUUAAUGGCCUUGCUGCAGGACAGGAAAGCCUGUCCCAGGUACAUAAAGUGGACCAACAAGGAGAAGGGCAUCUUUAAGCUGGUGGACUCCAAAGCAGUGUCCCAGCUCUGGGGAAAGCAUAAAAACAAACCGGACAUGAACUAUGAAACAAUGGGCAGAGCACUGAGAUACUACUACCAGCGUGGGAUCCUAAAUAAGGUGGAGGGUCAGAGGCUGGUGUACCAGUUUGCGGAGCUGCCUAAAGACAUGGUGUACAUCACAGACGACGACGAUGAUGAUGGUGGAGGCGGUGACAGUGAUAUGCAGCAUGAAGCUGACCAUGAUGAUGAUGACGAUGACGAUGAUGACGAAGAUGACAGUGGAGAUUCUGAUGAUGUGGACGACGAAGAAGCCUCAAGUGACCAAGAGGCUCCUAAGAAACCCACUGCCAUCACUCCUUCGAGACUGUCCAGUUCUGCCACAAAGCCUUCAGCCAGGGGUGCUAAGGCCCCUGUGCGUCGCAGGACUGUGAACGGAGGUCAACGCGGCCAGAAAGCAGCGAGUGGAACCGUUGCUAACAAGACUGGCCGGGCCCUGGGCCUCAUCCAGCAGCAACACCUGCCUAUCGUCUCCGCGGAGAUGCUGCGGACUCUGCAGAACGUGCAGUCGCUACAGCCCGGGCGCCACGGUUCCGUGUUCCGCACGGCGCAGCUCCUGGGGAGCCUCCGGCAGAAGCAAGAGAACAGCGUGACUCUGCAGCAUGGAACUCUGAUGCAGCCCCAGGCCCAGCAGGACGGCCAGGCAGAGAGUCCUGCCACUCAGAUCGUCACGCUGCAGCUCGUGCCCGUGGGGCCCACCGUAGACGCCAGCGGGACCCUGAUCGCUUCCCCUCACCUCCUUAUGCAGCAGGUGCCAUCCGGCGAGCAGGUGACGCUCGUCAUGGGAAAUAACCAAACGACAGACUUCCUCCAAAGCGAAACCCCUGUCCAAGACGGCACCUGCCCAGCCACGUCAUUAGGCCCAGCCACAACGACCUUAACGCUUGUCGGUGCCGCUGGGCAACAGUCGGUCUCCCAGGCUCCAGGAACUGUCAUUCACUCAGUGACGACAACAGAACCUGAGCAGAACCUUUUGUUGGAUGAGCUGAGCAGGGAAACCCAAGGAGGUCUGGUAGCCAUGGAGCCGACCUCUGAUGCCCCCCAGGGGAUGGAGGGAGGGGAGGACUCGGAGAGCCAGCCAAAAAGGAAGAUGGAGGCGCUCAGUGUUAUGAUCAUCAAUGACUCCUGGGUGGGCUUCAACCCCAGUACCUGAGCUGCUGAAGACUGAAGGAAGAAAACAAGGAAGCAAAGCCUUCUGUGAAAAUGAAAAUCCAGGGAAUACUGUUGGUUUAAUGGGCCAGAAAAGACUCAAGGAACAUGAGGCUUUGUGAAAAAAAAAUGUUCUGUCUUUAUUUUCCUUAUAUUUGAUAUUUUCCUAAGAAAAAUAACAUGCACUGGAACGUACUGUUUGUCCAAAAGUACUCUGCCUUCCUUGAAUUUACUUUCUACCUUUAUAACAAUGCAAUUGUGUAAUGCCUAAUGCUUUGGAUCCUUGAACAAACCACAGUUGUCUUGUAGUGUAAAAUACUCUUAACACAAGUGGCAUGGAAAUACUGUCAGCUCCUCCCAAAGAUACAUUUGGCACCUUCUCUAUGAUUACUCACAGUGCCUCCAAUGCAAAGUUAGUUGUUUAGUGAAUGCAGGAAGGGAAAAACUGGGCAAUAUAGCUGAACAGUGGAUAAAGCCAUAAUCAUACAAAUGCUUAAUUGAUAUAGAAAUUCAACACAGAUUAGACCAAAUAUUUUUUUAAAGAGUUCUAUAACAUUCAUUCUAUAACAGAAUGGACUGUCGGUCUGUGAAACAGACAGAGGUAUGCAUAUAUGCAAUAUAUGUAAAAGAGCAUCUGAAAAUUCUGUAGUAUGUUUUCCAGAUGGCCCAGAAUGUUGUUUGUUGAUUCUUUGUGGCUACUGGAGAGGAUACUUUCAUCAGUAAUGCACUAUCUGUGAAUAUGAUCACACCAAAGGUCCCAAAUGACCACAAUUUGCUGGUGCCUUGUGUCAGUCAUGCAACAAUUGUUUGCCUUUCAAACAAUACUUACAAUUGGUUUGUGUAUGUUUUUUUCUGUUUUAUUUUUAAACUUUCCCCUCAGGGAGAUAAAGCUCUGAAAUAAAGCGAGAAAGUUUUGCGGUCUUCAAAUCGAGUGAUUCUAACGUUGUGAAAAACUGAUAGUUACCUUACCUAUAAAGUGCAUUGCUAUAGCCCUAUCUGGAUGCGCUGUCCAGUUGAAAGUGUGUAACAGCCAUUGGUAACAGCAUGCCACCAAUAAGUGCUUGAAUCCUGUCAUGUACUUGAGCAUAACAGGAAUUUCUAUAUUUAUUGCCUAAAGUCUCAUCUCUUCUGACCUAUGCAAAAAUAACAUGCAUCACUGUCCUGCACCAUACUAUUUGUAUGUAUAUAUGUAUGUCAUACAUGUUGUGUGAUUUUUGUCCUGUUGAUUUGUUUUCAUUAUAUUCAUGCUGACCUCUUUACAAAUAUGGAAAUCAUUUAGUGUGCAAUGGCCAUUAAUUUACAUUCCUGCCCUCAUGAAAAAGCCCAUUGCCUUUAUUGUUCAAUGCUAUUUGAGUACAAUUUCAGUCUAAAAUAUUGUAGGAUGACAUACAUUGUACAAUCCAAAUAACAGAAGCUUUGUUUUAUACUGGUAUAUUACCUACAUUUUCAUAUGUUUUAUUGAGUAGAACUAGAUAUGGUGACAUGUAUGCAUUAUAUUUGUAUUUAUGAAAUAAAAUUUACAUUUUCACAAA